AUGAUGCGGGCUGCAAAGAAACCGAAGCUGCAAGUUGAGCGUUUCAUUCAGCCAAGCUCUACACCAGCAGUUAAGUUGAUAUGGGAAUAUGUGUUUUCUAAUGGACGCACUACUCUACAAACAGGGCAUGUUUCACUUGGUGAGGCCGCACUUGAGAGUGAACAAGAUGGUUCACUAUGCGAACCUCACACCGUCCAGGAUUGGCCGGACUACAAUGAUUGGGACAAAGUCUCUCCAUUUUGUGAUUCUCCGAUCAUCACAGGUGAUGUUCUGCAGGAUAAGCGCAAAGAAUAUGCUGCAGACAAUCUGCUUCUUGUUUGGCUCCUCGACCACCAAUUUUUCCUUGACGAGACCAUAUUUCUGGAGGGUCGUGGUCACAAAGGCCAGCGCACAGUCUGCCGCUGUGGCAGUGAAAUUGAAGAACCCAAGUACCGUUGCAGGGACUGUUUCGGCAUGGAAAUGUACUGUCAACAUUGCACUGUUGAGUGCCAUCAAUCCAGCCCACUGCAUGUUAUUGAAGAGUGGAAUGGCUCUUUUUUCCAGUGCACACACCUCAAGUCCCUUGGUUUAUGUGUGCAACUGGGUCAUCCUCCCAGUGACCACUGUUACAAUCCGCGUCCCUCAACAGGCAAUGACUUCAUUGUUGUUGACAUCAAUGGGAUCCAUGAUGUCGCAUUAGAUUUUUGCGGCUCAACAACAACGGAUCCGCAAACAGCUGCAACAUUCAACGUACUUGAGCACUAUCAACUGCUGUCAUUCGAGUCUAAGAUUUCAGCCUACGAAUUUUAUCACAGCCUAGCCAGGCACUCCGACAAUACUGGAUUGUCAUCCAUCAAGGACCAUUAUUCAGCAUUCAUGAGGAUAGUACAUGAGUGGCGUCACCUUCAACAACUCAGGUGUAGUGGCCGAGGUCAUGACCCUGGUGGCGUCGCAGAAACAAAAGCUGGCGAACUUGUGGUAGUUUGUCCAGCAUGCCCCCAUGCAGGCAAGAAUUUACCCCAAGGUUGGGGGAAUUCACCUCCAGCAACGAGAUGGUUGUACGCACUCUUCGUCGCUAUAGAUGCGAAUUUCCAUCUCAAGCGGAAGGCUGUCUCCUCCGACCGAGUGGAUCCUGGUUUAAAUACAGGAUGGGCCUAUUUUGUGGAGGAGCAUGCAUACAAGAGCUACCUAUCUGAGCGAACCAAUGAACAACAAGAGCGCAGUACCUGUGUUAGUCAUAAUGCAGUUAAUAUGGCUGACACAAAAUCUUCACAAGGCUUGGCAGCUACUGGUAUAGGUACCAUCAAUUGCGCUCGACAUGAAUUCAAAUUGCCAAAUGGGGUAGGUGAUCUACAAAAAGGCGAAAGGUAUUUAAAUAUGGAUUAUAUCGUUUUUUCGGCCCUUGUCGGAUUCACAGUGACCAUGCUAAAUAUCUCAUACAAUAUAGCCUGUCAAUGGUCAAAAAACUUAUGGAACAGAAUGGAACACAUGCCGGCUCGGCUCCAUAUACCUCAUGAUGAUGUGCUGGUUCGAUAUUUCAUACCAAAGUUUCAUAUUGCAGCCCAUAUUGCAGCCUGUCAGCUCACAUUUUCCUGGAACUUUACCAAGUGGGUAGGUAGGACUGACGGUGAAGCACCAGAACGAGGUUGGGCAAGUGCCAACCGUGUCACAUCUAGCACGAAGGAAAUGGGGCCAGGAACUCGACGUGACACCUUAGACAAUCACUUCGGUGAUUGGAAUUGGAAAAAGACAACGACACUUGACUCUCAAGGCCAUACAUUGAAGCGCAAGAUGGAAAACACCAUAAAGUGGGAAUGGGAACAUCGUGUUGCCUUGUACGAUUUGGAAGGAACAAUUCAGCCUGCGCUUCUGGACGAGUGGGGAACAGAAGUCGAGAUGUGGGAGGAGGACAACACUCGCCCAAAUCCAUUCAAAAGCAAGCUUGCUCCUAUUACGCAGGCCACAGUAAGGUCACAGCUCGCAGAAUUGGAAGCACAAGAGCUGCGGGAAGGGAUCAACCACUCUCUUGACAACAAUGUCUCACCUAGUGUCCUCAUUAGUGGUGGGAUUGAAUUAGAAGACUUGCAAUACAAUCCAAGUCGUAACAACCUCUCACUUCAUCCCACAGAAAAUCAAAGAGAGGCCAUCAUUCAUAGAACUAAUGCACUAAAGAGACGCAUCAAUUCCUGGACCCACUAUCAACAACUCUAUAUGCCUAUUGUCUCCACGCUGCGCUCAUCAACGAAUCCAAGUCCAGGUUCCCCCCAAACACUUAAGCUGCAGGAUUUUCCACUCUAUCUACCAUCAGCUCUCCUCAAUCAUCUCGACUGCAAUCACCGUUUAAUGAAGCACGAAUGGAAACUUCGGCAGGCACAAGCUCAUGAUGCCCUCAACGAGCUCUGCUCCCACCUUUGUCUAUACAAGAACUUACGGGGCCAAGCAGCUUCUACCCAUGCACAAAAUCUGAUUGCACACGUUGAAGCAAAGAAAGAUGCGGCAGUAGCGAGAUACAGGUGCACUCGUCAAGCGAUAGAAUCAUUAAGCUGUUGGUUGGAUGAGAUGGGCUGGGAGGCAACACUUCGACCCCUCAGACACGAGGACAUUCAGCCUAUGGGCGAUUUCACAGGUGAUCGCACUCAAGGCACCAGGACAAUCUCGUGGAUCUGGCUGAUGACAGAUGUUGACACCAGUCCAUCCGAGAAUGAAAGUGUUCAAGAUUGUGUUCGUAUUGAAUGGUGCAAGGCACGCGCAUUACUGGCCUUUCUGGAAUGGCAAGGUUCCUGGUGGCAUCAGCACACAAUGCUGCGCUCAUCGGAGAAGACUACCGAGCAAGAGGGCUUGCAGGCAUAUGCCUACCGUCAAGCCGCACUCCAUUCUGCGAUGCGGACCUCAUUCCAAGCUUGUUGGAGCUUUGAUGACAGUGGUCCUUCAAUUGAUGCACCUCCUGCGGUCAUGGAGUUUUGA